AUGCGCAGGUGGACUCUUUGCAAUGUUUACCUUAUUCUGCACGAAGAUAUAGUGCCAAAGCUGAAACAUUAUAUAAAAUUAAUUUAUUACGCCGAGUUCAAAGAUGGGUUCUACCACACCUAUUACGGGGAGUUGAAGAAGGUUGUAAAUAGCUAUUCGUUUCACUGGAUUGACGUUAUGGACGAAUCUAUAAGGGUAGCAGAUAAGCUUUAUUACAAUAUUAACAGAGAUAAUCUUUUGGAUCUAAUGGAACGGACAAUUCAUAUGCACAACGCAAAACAAGUGGACUUCGGAAGGAGUUUUUUGCCCGUCGAAUCCGCUGAAGAGAAAAAAAUUUAUGAAGAGUUAGAAGUUAUGUACAAUCAUUUCAUGAUAAAUCUAUUAAAGUUGAAAGAAAAGCUAAACGCGUUAGAUACGCAGGAAAAAGUAGAAGAGUUCGCGAAGGAACAUUUUCCACUCUCCCUUGAAAAUAAGAACAGUAUCUUUGCGUUUACCUACGAAUAUAUCGCGUUAGCUUUGGCUAAGAAUAAUAAUCGGAUCCGCGUCAGCUUGGAAGAAAUAUACAAUCGUGUCCGCUCAAACCUGUCGAAUAUUCAAGAGGAAUGCAACGCCAGCUUGACCAGUCUUCUCCAUCAGCUGUACGACAAGAAUAAAGAGCACAUGACCAUAUUUAGACAGGAUAUUCGGUCGUCUUUGGAAAUCGCAGAAGUGCAACGGAGUAUAACGAUAAUAAAAGAUAGAAUUGAGGACUCAAAACACGUGCCCACGGAACGCUUAAAGGAGGAGGUAAACUAUUGGCGGGAAAAGGUCGCAGAGUAUAAGAUUAUCUACGAGACUAUAAGGAAACUCGAUGGCGAAAGAGAAAGUUUGUCAGGAGCUGAAGUUAUGUAUCUCGAGGUUCUAGAAAAUCCUGAAAUAAAAUAUGAGCCUUCAGACCCGUUAGGUACCGAUGCGAGACACAAAAUAGAACGACUUCACGAAUUAAGAAUGAAUGCGGCAAAAUCCUUAUUUACUUUUUUCAGUGUUAAAGGGCCAGAUAGGAAAUUCUAUAAGGACCAAAUCGGAACGUACUACAUGGACGACUACGGCCAUCGUGUGUACUUCUUUAAUUACGGUCUCAAUAUGUACCAUACAGAUUGUGUUGGCCGAUAUGUGAAUUUAAAGGAAAACGAUCUUUAUUUCUACGACACAUACGGUCGAUAUACCGUUAAAAACGGCGAGAAGUUAUACCAAAUAGCGCCGUGUAGCAGCUUGUACAGAUUAGAAAACGACAUACACGUAAAAGUGACCCAAGACUGCGGCCACUCUGAUGGAUAUAACAAAAAUUGUAUGAUGGAAAUCAAAGACCCGUCCAUAGAAAUAUUGCCGGUGGCGAAAGGAAUUGAUAUUAAAGGAAAACUUGACACGGAAACGGUGAAUUAUCUGUGGAAUAAUUUCGGCCACAUUUUGCCCGACGCCCUGCACGACGUGGCGAAGGCUCAGCCGAAGAAUCCUAUUCACUAUUUGGCUCAUAAAAUCCUUUAUCACAAGUACAGGCGUACUAGCGCCGAAGUGGAAAAAGAAAAACAGAAUGCGCAUGAGUAUCGCGAAGGAAUAUUUAGAAAGCGUAAAGGGCGAGCAAUGAAGCUGUCGAAGAGUUGGAAAGAGAAGCAAGUUAAACCGCGCAAACCAGAAGAGUCCGAUGCCUCGUUAGAAUGGUUCGCUUACAGCAGCCAUGUCGCAAAACAGGAAUUUAUUAGAGCUUUAGAAAAUUAUAGUAUUUAG